AUGCUAUCGCAAACUAUCAGAGGUACCAGAGCUUUGCAAAGCUCCACUCUCCGCUCCAUCAGAACCAGUAUCGGCGUGAGAAGUAUUGUUCAGGACGCCAAGUCCCAGGUUAAGUCGCCAGAGGGUGUGUCGCAGGCCGAAUUGGACGCUAACAAGAAGAAGUUGGAAGACUUGGAAAAAAAGGCGCAUAGCAAAGAGGGCCUCCAAAGACCUUCGCGCGAAGAGCUGAAGAAGAAGGGCGAAGACGCUCAGGUCGAGCAGCAAAGACCGGACGACGGGGUUUACUAG